AUUUAUAGCUGGCUAUGACUUGGCUAUGGCCGGGCGAAAACCAUGGAUGCUUUGAUAUCCGGUGUUGGCCUUUCCAUUAUCAUAUCAUCAUUCCCAAUAGUUUUAGCUCGGCUUCUAUAAUACACCGUCAUGUCUCAGACAGUUGAGCUUAAGGUUGCCAUGUCAUGUCAAGGCUGUGUCGGAGCAGUGAAGAGGGUUCUUGGGAAGACGGAAGGUGUUGAGUCAUUCGACAUUGAUUUGGAGAGUCAAAGGGUGACCGUGAAAGCCAAUAUCCCACCCGAAACUGUUCUUCAGGCCGUUUCGAAGACUGGGAAGGCAACCUCGUUCUGGGAGGCAGGCGAGCCAGGAUCGAAGUCCACAUAGGCUUCUAGGGUGGUGUUGCAAGGGUUGGACAACAUGGAAUAUAAUGUUUUUGAGCACAUUUAAGUCAUAAGUAGAAUCUUCUUGCAAGCAUGGUGAAAUACCUUCAUUUUCUUGUCCGUAAAGAUUAUAUUUGUCUGUUUAGUUUAAUUCAUGUACGGACAACGUCACACAACCGAUGGCUGGACACAUGCCUUAUUUGGGGAUAUGAUAAAACAUAUGCACUUUUCAAAAAUAAAUCGCAACUAUUAUUGGUCUA